AUGAAUAGUGUUGACAACAAGAAAAAGGCUUUAACUUUACAAAGAGAAAAGCUCCUUAGAGAAUUGAAUUAUUUUGAAAGGCAAAUCGAAGACGCAAAACUUACCGAACUAAAUCAAAUCAAAUAUGAAGAAAGUUCAGAUUCUGAUUCGGAGCUUUCAAUCCCACUUGAUAUUGAACCGUCUAUACCCAACUUGAAGAUUGAAUAUUCCACGCUUCAAACAUGCCUCGAUGCGACCCAAGAGCUGACAGGCCUCCAGGUUCUGCAGUCUGAAGUCAACAUUCUUGUUGGAGAUCCAAAAUUUGAUGGGGAGCUCCCGGUGACCGAAGAAGGUGUAUGGAGGGAGGUGACCGUCGAGUGUAGAGUUGACCUGGUGCCUUUCUCCAUGACAUUCUUCGUGCACCAACCGAACAGGCGAUUCGGUCCGCUGUCCUACCGCGGCUUAUCUGUCACCGCCCUAAAGAAGCCUCACGAGGCUGAGCUGAACAACUCCAUACUCCAUGAGUUGACCAGGCCGAGUGACGCUUUCGAGGUUCUGAAGGCGUACUCCAGCGCUCACCGCUCGCGUCGCUGCACCCUCGCCCAGUUGGCGGCCACGCACUCGGCCGUCCUCCGGAUGGCGCCUCUGCCCGAGGGUGGUUACCAGCUGAAGUGCGGGGACCUCUUGCAAAUAUCCUGGAUGCUGCAGAACACCUCUUCGCCCGUCGCGCCGUUCCACCAUCGCAUGAAGUUCGAUCUGGAGUAUGUGGACGAGGCUCACAUCCACACAAUUAAGGAGGCCCACAAGGCGCUCUCGGAUCCCACCAUCGACACGGACGAGAGGACUGGCCUGCUCUCGAAGAUCAUCAACGUAUGCCUCGAGGUCCAGGGCCUAAACCUACCGGAGAGUACGGCCUCCGAAUCCGAGACCGCAACGCAGAAGGGCGACCAGCCGACCAAGAGGAAGAGAGAAGACAGCGAGGCUAUGGCACCACCCAAGGCGCCCCCAAAGAAAUCCAGACCGAAGGGGAAAGAGAAUAAAGGCGAAAAUCGAAACGGCGGAAGCGGCAAGGGAGACAGAGAUGCCGGGAUCGGGGGGAGUGGGGUAAAUAAUGCGGGAGGCGAAAGGGCCGGUGAGAGAACCGGCGCUGCAGCUGGUGCCGGUGAACAGAUGGCGAGGAAACCUAAAGACAUUGACGAUGAGCGUAUAAAAAAAGUAUCCGAACCAAAAAUAGAUGGCCACAACAGUGCAGCUGAUGUUGUCCAUUCAAAAGUCAAAGAUAAACAUGCACAGAAGAAGACCGAGCAAGUUACUGAUGGAAGAAGUGAUAGACGACCAGCGGGUACCAUCAAGAGGAGUGGUCAUGAUAAACAAGACCCCAAAAGCGACAAUGAUAGAGUCGUAAAGGAAAACGUCGAACACACAAAAGGCUUCAAGACGACAAAUCAACCUAGCUUGAAUAAAGACCAUAAACCUAAAAAGAACCAUGCAGAAGAUAAGUUGAAACAGCAGGUCGCGUCUAGUAUGAACAAAAACUCGAACAAAGAGACACAGAAGUCGAAGAAGAAUGCAGAAUUAAACAGAGACAACACAGAAAGACCGAAAACUAUUGGGCCGUCCAAGGCAGUUGGCAAAAAGUCUUCUGGGCCAGCGGGUUUCAAAGACAAGUCACUGAAGACGAAACAGUUGUCUCAUAGAAGAAGUAAUGUUGUGAACGGUGCGAUUUUGAAGAACACGAGGAUCCCUCAGAUGGCGCCCAACAGCGUUCAGAAGAUAGUGAAGAAGAAUCUACUAAGGAGCAGUCCGAGGAUGAGCGCUUCGAAGUUUGCUGGCAUUUCACAAAGCAUCCGACGGCCACAUACACAUAUACCGAGGUUGGUGAGCAAGCCUCUGGCGAAAUCG